AUGGGCGAGCGUCUGGCAUGCCCAUAUCCAGGUGCGAGGCUGCACUCCGGCGAAUCCCCCUAUACCCCUUCGCGAUCACCCACUGAGACGGAGAACUCGCAAACACCCCUCCAAUCUGUAUCCUCCCACACCGACUACCUUGAUGCCCCAAAGGCCCAAUGUCCGGUGUUCACCCAGGAGGUCGACCCCCUUCUCAUCAAGACCUCAUUAGAGGACCGCGUGGCUUACCUGACGGACUUCCUUGACUUCACCUCAAGAGACGCGGAGGUGAUCAGCAAGAUCGCGCCGAAAGUCAAUGAGGUCAUCCCGGGGCUUGUAGACGGCAUGUAUGCAAAGCUUUUCGAGUUCGACAUCACCAAGAAGGUCUUCAUGAAUCGGAAUCAGGGCUUUGAUGGUCCCCUGCCCACCACGCUGGAAGACUUGACUCUGGACAGCGCCCAAAUCGUAUUCCGGAAGGUCUUCAUGAAGGCAUGGGCGCGCCGCGUCCUGACCGCAGAUUACACGAGCGGCAAGACCUGGGCGUACAUGGACAAAGUCGGCGUCAUGCACACCGGCGCGUCGCCGUUCAAGCACCAACGCACGAUGGGGAUCGCCCCGCUCAACGUUCCAUGCAAGUACCGCGACAUCGCCAUGACGCUUGGUUGGAUCCAGUCCAUCCUGCACAAGGCCAUCCUUCAGCUGCCGGAGAGUACCUGUCCCGCCUCGGAGAAGAUAGAAGCUGUUACGGCUAUCAACAAGGUUCUCUGGAUACAGAACGACCUGUUCUCUCGUCACUACAUUGGUGAAUGA